UUUCCGAAGGAUUUAAUCCUGUGCAUUACUAGGCUGUUAUGAAACACAGACAUGCAGAUUUACCCACCAGGUGGAUAUCUAGCAAUCUAAGCUCAUUUAAAAGGUUAACAUUGGGAGAGGCAGCAUAAAUUAGAUGGAGAGAGAGAGAGAGAGAGAGGGAGAGAAACAGAGAGAGAGAGAGGGAUGGGUAAGCAUGUUGAGGGAUAAAGGCACAGAAAUAGACAGACCAAUUGCAGGAGAGACAGGGAAAGCACUGGCCCCAGAGAGCGGGUGACGAAGGGAAACACAUUGCACAGGGAGUUGUGCAGCCAGAGGGAGGAGAGGACAGCGACACACGCACGACAGCGCCAAGCUCAGCGAUCGCUCCGAACGCAUCGCAGAGGACCGAGCCUCAGAGUAAUGAGGGCCCCCUCCGGACCCCAGUGAACCCCGCUGUGCUGUCACAGCGACCCUACAUCAGCCGCCCGCCCGACCGCUCCAGAACCCCAAGACCUCAGCCGGGGACAGCCAACCCACCGACCGAGCAAGGGGCGAAACCUGGACCCGCGGAGAAGAGGAAGAGAGAGAGAGAGAAAGGAGAGGAGAGGAGAGGAGAGGAGAGGGACGAGCGGACGAGGAGGUGAAAGGAGGGGGCAGCCAUGAGGAAGGCCAGGAGAGCCAGCAACGUGGAGGUGCCCUCCUUCCUGCGCCAGCUGGUGAAGGAGACGGGCAAGCUGGUCACCUUCUUCUUCAAGGGGGAGAAGGCCGAAGGGGUGGCGGGGGACCUGCUGGACGAGGACAGCGAGGACGGGCUGGUGCUCAGCCCCUACCUGGACAGGCCGGUGCUGGAGAAGCACGUGGCGGAGGGCGAGACCAAGUGGGGCGCAGGCUACGCGCUGGCCAGCAUGCAGGGCUGGCGUACCCAGAUGGAGGACGCCCACACCUGCGCCCCGGAGAUCGGCGCGGAGCUGGCCGGCUGGAGCUACUUCGCCGUGUUCGACGGGCACGCCGGCAGCAUGGUGGCGCAGUACUGCUCCCACAACCUCCUGGAUCACAUCCUGGCCACAGGCGCGGUGAAAGCGCAGGAGGACCAGGAGGAGGUGAAGGAGGGGAUCCGUGAGGGGUUCCUGCGCAUCGACAAGCACAUGCACGGCCUGGCGCGGCGGGACGGCUGGGACCGCAGCGGCUCCACGGCGGCGGCCGUCCUGGUCUCGCCCGCCCGCGUCUACUUCGUCAACUGCGGCGACUCGCGGACGCUGCUCUGCCGGGACGGGCGCGUGGGCUUCUACACGGAGGACCACAAGCCCUGCAACCCGCGCGAGAAGGAGCGCAUCCAGAACGCCGGCGGCUCCGUCACGCUGCAGCGCGUCAACGGCUCGCUGGCCGUCUCCCGCGCGCUGGGCGACUUCGACUUCAAGGAGGUGGAGUGGCGGCCGCAGACGGAGCAGCUGGUGUCGCCCGAGCCCGAGGUGUUCGAGGCGGAGCGCUCGCCGCACGACGAGUUCCUGGUCCUGGCCUGCGACGGGGUGUGGGACGCCAUCAGCAACGAGGAGCUCUGCGCGUUCGUGCGCAGCCGGCUGCAGGUCUGCGAGGACCUGCGCGAGGUCUGCACGCAGGUGCUGGACCUGUGCCUCUACAAGGGCAGUCUGGACAACAUGAGCAUAAUCAUAAUAUGCUUCCCUGGCGCCCCCCAGGUGUCACCUGAGGCAUUGCAACGUGAGGCUGAGCUGGAGGAGGUGAUUGAAGGCAAAGUUGCAGAGGCCUUGAAGAUUCUGAGAUCGAAAGAUGAAGAGCCUGACUUGCUUUAUGUGAUAAAGUUCCUGACCUCAGAAAAUAUACCUGGGUUGCCACCAGGGGGCGGUAUCUCCAGCAAGAGGGACUGCAUUAUCUCUGCCUAUCAGAAGUUGACAGUGGCAUACAGACAACAAGAGCAUGAAGACACCGGCAACUCCGAGGAGUCUUGCUAGAGGUGGUUCCCAUGGAAACAGAACCUUCGGCCCCGCAUCUCCAUAGUGACGCCUACCAAAAUGCAAAAAGAGAAGGACUCUAAAAGUCUAACUGAAGAUAGGAAAAAGUGCGCAUCAACCAGCAAAAUGAAGAGGAGUGCUGAGCCCAAAUAUACAUUAACUGAUCAAACAACUCAUAAGCAUGAGUGAGGUAGCACAUCCAAAAAUAAUGAAAAAAUACAGAUUCCUUACUUUUUACUGUUUAUUUUUAGGCACAAAUUAAAACAACGCUGACGCGUUUUGGCAUUACUGCCUUCAUCAGAGCCUCUAAGUCUAACUAAUGGGUGUAGAACGUUGGAACAGAAGCUCAAAUCCACUCCUGAUCUCUUAGCACUGCUUGAAAAAAGUAUAGAAAUCGAAGGCCCAAUCAUUGCACAUUUAACAUUUUGAAAAUGAAAAACAGGCAUCUGACGUUCUGUGGAAACAUCAUAUUCAAACCAUGUUUACCAGAAUCUGUGCACCUUAUGACAUGACACAAAUAUAAUGAUUUGUUUUUAGGAACAAUUUAUUUUUAAUUUACAGUGCCUGGGUGGACACAGAUGCUCAGCUCCAAGGCCUCCAUUAGACCAUGAGUGAACAGACAAUGAGCACGAUAAUAUUUGGGAUUUGGCUCUGUUCUCCACAAUUUUAGAUUUGUAAUCAAACAAAUCACACGUGGUUAAAGUGCACAUUCUCAGUUUUUAUUUAAGGUUAUUUAGUACAUGUAGAAAUGACAGCACUUUUUAUAAAUAGUCACCGUGUUUCAGGGUGUCAUAAUGUUUGGCACAAAUGCUUCACAGGUGUUUCUGAUUAGUCAGGUGUGUUCAAUUGCUUCCUUAGUAGAGGUAAAAGAGAGCUUUCAGUAUCUAGUUUUGAUUCUAGCCUUUUGAUUGCCUUUGGAGUCUGUUAUUGGCGUUUGCCAAUGUGAGACCCAGAGUUGUGUCAAUAAAAGUCAAGGAAGCCAUUAUGAGGCUGAGAAAUAAGAAAAAAAACAGUCAAGAGACUUCACCUGUUAUGUAGUUAAUUAAUCAGAGAGAAGACAGGAUCGAGACACACCUCGCCAAACCAUAGACUUACCAAAACCAACCAAUGGAACAUGAUUAAGAAGAAAGAGAGCCAUGGGGAGCUCAGAAAUCAUACAUUGCCUGUUAAGUCUAAAAUUGAGGAGUACAGAGCCAAAUCAGUUUUUUUUUUUUAAGUCUUUGUCCCAAACAUUAUGACGCUCACUGUAUUUAAGCAAUGUCCAGUGGCUACCAAUUGGCUACCAAAUUUGGUUAAAAUAUUUCCCAUGUCUUUAUCAUUUGGGCCAUGAUCCAUCCACUCUCAGCAUUUCCUGCAACUAUGAUGUCUGUUGACAUCACUCAAGGCACCAAAGAACAGAGUGAAGCUGAGGCUACAGGAAACUCUAAGAAGCGUUUCCUGAAGCGGGGCUUGGCUGGACGAGUAAACAAGCAACCCUAAAAACAAGCUCGGGCAUCGGAUUUGAUGCCAAAGAGACAAACAGCCCGUCGCUUCGCUGUAAACAGGCGUGCGGCACGUAUUUCGCACGGUCGUGCUAGGGAAAGCGGUUGAUUGCGCUAAUUGCAGCCAUCCAUCAUGGCCGGUGCGCCCGUCUGAAUACACAGUAUGUUAAUGUGAGUGUGCGGACGCAUGGGUGGGUCAGCACGAAUACCUCACCGUCACCUUUUGCACCUUAGCCCACUGUGACUCCUGGAUCAUCUUGACACAGGAAUGUAUCUGUGGUUGCAAAAAUCUUGGCACGCCGCACCGUAUGGGAUCCGGUCAAAUUUCCGCCCUGACCGACAUGAAUGAUCCAGUGAAUGAUCCAGGAACUGUACUCUAAACCGCGAACUCACUCCGGGGGAAACCAGUGACUCACAACUUCUCCUUCGGCCAUUUUCCCUGUUUUUUUUUUUUGUUUUUUUUUACUGUGCUGCCUUAUUGAGCUCUUUGUAGUUGUGGUGAUAGAGAGUUUUUAAAAAAUGUAAAUAUUCCAAGUUUUACGUUUUAAAUGUCUCAGUAAAUGAAUUGAACAUUGUAGGUAACUAUGAACAGUAGGUAUUAAAAUAAUGCCAUUAAGAAUAAUAAUUAUGAAAAACAUUGUUUGAAUUGAUUUAGCUCUUAAAGGGAAGGCUGCUUGAAGCAAAUGUCUGUUGGUAACUUCGGCAUAAAAAUUAAACAUUUUUGGCAGUU